AUGAACACGGUCAUGGCCGAUUCGCCUAUCCCACCAUUUCCGACCCUCAAUACCCCACCGAACCACGAUCAACAACCAGCAUUCGCUGCGUCCGGCACGCAGCCUUCCACUCCUCCCGAUUCUGCACCCAUAUACGCCGCUUCUGGCGAACACCCCGCGCAUCUCGACACGAUGGAGGAUGCUCCUCUCAACUCCGAGUCCUUCCUCCUAGAAUUCCUCAUCUACCCCCUGCCGUCGUCUCAGAUCCAACCUACCAUCAGGGUUGAGCUGCCGCAACCAGGCAACAUCGUCCUUGGGGAGGAGGCGCUUGGCACAGCGCGCGAGACCUCGUCGCGUACGUGGGGGGUCUGUGUCACCUCUGACGGGCGUGAGGUUUUGCAUGUCCCCGCCAACCCGUCCGAACCCGGAUACUCUCCUCAAUCCAUCCCGAUCGACCUCGUCCAGCGCGAGCUUGACAUCCAACCGCUUCACGAGCUCUACCCGGACGAGCCGAUUCCGGACUACGAGCUACCCGAACCGGAGCCGGUCAAGCCACAGCAUAUCGAACCCACCUACGACAGGCUUCACCCGCCUCCGGUCGAGAGUAAGAAGCGCAAACUUGACGACGACUCCGAGGUGGACUCUGCGUCGCCGCGUAAGAAGAAGACUCAGAAGGGGGGCGAUAAGGAAAAUGCCGUGGAGGAUGGCACUCGCGGUCGCAAAGGCAAGGCCGUCGCGCCCGCGACCACACUUGCGCCCGCCCCUCUCCCUGCAGGACCGGGAGAAUCAGUCGAGCGACUGAUUUUCGAGAACAUGGCGCCCAAGCAGCGCGAUGAGCUUGUCAACGUCAGCCAGAUCUGGAAGAUCAUCCCCUGCCGUGAGGACGAGGCGUCGCUUGAAGGUGUUCUUCAUCGCGUUCGUGCAAUCCGCCCUACUCUGGGAGGUAACAAUGGACGCAUUCUCGCGGACAAGAAGGCCGUCGAGUCGCUCUUUUUUGCCGGGUGCUGCGGCAACACGGCAGCGCACCAGACGACGUGUCGCCACGCUGUCACCAAGCAGGGGCACUAUGCUCGCUUGCGCGAGCGCGCCCUCGUAUUGGCCAAGUUCGCGUUCUAUCGUUGCACCACCUGCGAAAACAAGGGCGAGCGUAAGGAUAUUUUCAAAGGCCGUCACGCGAGCAAUUGCGCGCAUCAGAACACAGAUCCUGAGCCCUUUGCUCAUCGCCUCACCGACCCGAACACUUCCGCGGUCGCCCGCGAGCGCUUCACGGAGAUGCGCGACGAUUGUAUCGCAAGCGACAAGAACACAUUCCUUGGAAACGGGCCCAUCACCGACCAUGUCGUGGCGGAACUCAUGGACCGUUGGGAUGUCGUCCCCGAUGCCCUCUGCGACGAGCUCAGACCGAGGGAGUACUACUGCUUCUCUGAGGCAGAGAUUGAGGCCCGCGACGUAGCUGCGCAUUCUCCUACUACGGCGUAG